GUUGUUGCUGAUGCUUGUAUUUGAUUCCCUUCCAGUUGCUAAAGAUGAGGUAGUGUUUCCACAUCAAGGGCUUAACGUGAUCUCAUUUGACGUGACUCCAGUCCAAAUUUAGUAAUCUUUUGAAUCUUGAUCUCUUAGAUCUCUAAUUGUUCACGCUGCUCAAGCAGCAACUAUUUCCUGCCUCGAGUAUCUUUUGAGUAACAAGCCAAGCAUGGAAAUGGUAUAUAAACACAGCUAUCCACUCGCCCAUAGCUUACGAGAACAUUAAAUAUCACAUUUGAUCUGAAACAUCAGUCAAAGAUGUGCUACCUUCGCGUCUUCCUUCUUCUUCUGUGUGCUGCUUUUACGCGCUCUAUCAACCUCACCGCCGUGGUCAAUACUACAAGCGGGCCAAUCGUGGGAAAGAUAGAACCUCUAGCCACCGGCCACACGGUCAAGAAAUAUCUAGGAAUUCCAUUUGCCAAGGCAGAGCGUUUUGAAAACCCUCAAUUCCCUACGCCAUGGGUAGAGAUCAAAGAAAUGGUUCAAUCGGGAAAAAUAUGCCCACAAGUUGCGAACCCCAUAUUAGGGCUUACCACGGAGCUUAUGAGCGAGGACUGUUUGGUUCUAGACAUCUAUGCGCCUAACAUAACCAACUCAUCUAUUCCGGUCAUGGUGUUUAUUCAUGGCGGCUCGUAUUCCUUUGGCGGUAGUCGGUUCUAUGAUGGUAGCGCUCUGGCAAGCGUAGGAAAUGUGAUCGUGGUGAUAGCUCAGUACCGGCUGGGAAUGUUUGGUUAUCUUUAUAAUGGGAACAAGGGUAAUUUUGGGAUGCUCGAUCAGAUAAUGGCGUUAAAGUGGGUGCAGAACAAUAUUAAAAGCUUUGGCGGUAACCCUCAGCAAGUGACCAUAUUUGGACAGUCCGCAGGCGGAGGCUGCGUAUCUCUACUAAUGCUGUCACCGCUGACCAAUGGCUUGUUCAAGAACGUCAUCAUCCAGAGCGGGUCAGCGGUUGCUCACUGGGCGGCCGCGUAUAAAAAGGAGGGCGAGGAAAUUGGGAGAUCAAUUGCACAAUCAAUGAGUUGCCCAGCUGGUGAAGAUGUUAUAAAGUGCCUCAAAACACGCCCUUCAUCUGAAUUGGUGGCCGAGAGCUUUAGAGUUAUUGUUAUCGGUAUUAGCAGUGGUAAACCUGGACUGGUGCCUGUCGUGGAUGGAUACUUUCUCACUGAUAAACCAGUGUCGGUACUGAAACAAGGCAACUUUACAAAGGUCAACGUCAUGAUAGGAGUCACCAACCAGGAAGGGGUCGUGCUAUCUGAUGCUGUACCAGGGUUGACCGCAGGCCUCAGCGUGACAUCUGGAGUACAACGUGACGCCUUCCUGGUCGAAGCACGAAGACUAUCCCUCAUACGUGACCUCACACCCGCUCUACAGGAAUCAAUAUUGUACAGAUACACUGAUUGGCUGAAUGUGAACAGUCCAGUCAGCAACCGUGAUAUGUACAUCGAUAUGGUUGGCGACGCCAUGUUUACUGCGCCUGCAGUCCACUCAGCGGAUGCUUUUGUAAAGCAAGGGAUGAAGACGUUUCUCUAUUUUUGGGAACACAGGCUACCCAACUAUCCGGGCAGCAACGUGACGAUGCCUGACUGGCUCAAGGCGUAUCACGGUGCAGAUGCAUUCAUGAUGUUAACGGCUGAUGUCACGCAAAGCAUCCUUGGGCCUGAUGGCGGGUUAAUGACGGAUGUGAUGAAGAUGUGGACUGCCUUUGCACGGGAUGGAAAACCCGACGCAGGUCUAGCCAAAGUCACUUGGCCCGAGUAUACCGCGGCCACAAGGCAAUACCUGUCAAUCAAGCCUAACUUCACGGUGAAGUCCAAGCUACGCGCUGAACACAUGGCAUUUUGGAAUGACUAUAUGCCUGCCGCCAUAAGUGUCACGCCCACCACAGCACCCCCAACGACGACACCGAUGACGACACCGCACACGUCGGGUCAACACCCGGUUAUACGAACAGGUUAUCUGUUCGUUGGAUUAGUGCUUUUUGCAUCCAUGAUCUUUGUGAUGGAGGACGUUUGAUACAUUCUCACUCUGCAAACUGCCGUACCAAAUCAACUGCCGUACCAAAUCAACUGCCGUACCAAAUCAACUGCCGUACCAUAUCAACUGCCGUACCAAAUCAACUGUAUCGAGAAAGAUGAAAAGAAAGAAUGGCAGAAGAUAGCUGCUAAGUUGACAAAUUUGAGCGUAGCUGGUGUUGGGUUUAGAGAACCCAUCAGCUCAACCCUUUUGGAAAACGCCGAGAGAGUCACCAAGAAAGCUUUCAAAUAGAUAAUACAGCCUGGUAAAGGAGGGUUUUGUUAUGAUUAUGUUAGAUCGUAAUUAAAGGAAGUAAGGAGAUAUACAAGUCAAGAUAAUUACUCUAAGGAUAAAUCAAGGUUAAAAGUAUUCUUGAAGCAUUAUUAGCUUUUAGCAUAGGAGGAUGUUCGUUUAAUUAUAAGGAUGAGUGAGAUAAUGACCUUUGUGGGAUCGCACCAUGUUUCGUAACUCAUCUGUCUUCUACUUCCGUUGAAUCAGUUAGUUAACGAGUCUUUUUUUGAUACAGUUCCUUUUGAUGUCGGACGUUGACUGUCGGUAUCAUUAACACAGCACAUAGGACCACCCACACUCAAGUAGGAGGUGCUUAGCUCUACUGUUUUUGGUAAUCUGAUUACUUAUGCUAAUCCAAGUCACCCAACACCACACCUACGCUACUUGAGCGACCACUUCUUUUCCCCUUACGUUCGGUAACUUUCGAUUACAAGUUAAAUAUUUGUUUCUCCAAAUUUACCUCUUUACUUUCCCUACCGACUCCCUUAAUUUCAUGGCAAAGGACAUUCGUUUUGUAUCCUUAAAUUCUUUUCAAAGCUUUCCUUUGUUAUCGCUAAUUUUGCCGACAGUUAAUGAUAUCUGAUGUAACUGUUUGCAUUGUCAAGUACCGUCCAAUCACUGCACUCCGCACACGUGGUCAGUGCUUGUCAAUCAAACGUACUACUUGUUUUGCUACAAAUAGGACCACAUUGUAAAUCCUCACCACUCCUCAUCCUACUCUCAGUUUUACCACUGACUUAUCAGAAUAAAGGUACGAUCCCAGUCAAAA